AUGGAGGCCGAGACCUUCGAGUGCGCCGGCGACGCGGCGGCGUUCCUGCUGUCCCGCCUCCCGCACUCGGACAGCGCGGCGGACGCCGGCCGCGCGGCCUUCGUCGACGCCGCCACGGGCCGCGCGCUCUCCUUCGCCGCCCUCCGCCGCGCCGCGCUCUCGCUCGCCUCCGCGCUGCGCCUCGGGCUCGGGCUCCGCCGCGGCGACGCCGUGCUCCUGCUCCUCUCGCCCGAAGACGACCCGCUCCUCCUCCCGCCGAUACUCCUCGGCGUCCUCGCGGCCGGCUGCGUGGUGGUCGCCGCCCACCCGGACGCCGCGGCCCACGCGUCCGGCGCGGCGAUCGUGGUCGCCGGGCCGGAGGCGGCGAAGAAGGUGGCCGGCGUCAUCGCAGCGCCGCUGCUGCUCACGUCUCGGUCGCUGGACCCGCGGAGGCUUUCGGCGGAGGAGCUCAUGGACGGCGGCGACCCGGCAUCGGCGCUCGACGCCCUUGCCGCGGACCAGCCUGGCCCGUGGGACGCGGCGAUCGUGGUGUACUCGUCGGCGGGCGGGAAGCCAGUGAUGACGACGCACGCCGACCUCGUAGCUGCCGUGGCUGCCGCCGGUGCGAGUUCACAGGACGAGGGCCGGGUCUGCCUGGCAUCUCUCCCGGCUUGGGGCGCCGGCGUCCACGGUGGCUUGCCGCUGCUCGCCCUCGGGCUCCCUGCUGCGGGAGUGACCACGGUGCUUCUGCCGCCGUCUGCCGACCUGCGAGACGCGGUGGCCACCCACGGCGCCACUGACCUUGUCGUGACGCCCGAGGCAGCAGCAGUGCUCGCAGCUUCCAUGGCGCCACAGGGGAAGCUCGCCGGACUGAGGAGGGUGACGGUGGUGGCACCGGCACCGCUCGCGGAUGACGCCAGGCAGGAGUUCCGCCGGAGGCUGCCGUGGGUGGAGCUGACGGUGUUGUCCGACGCGCCAGAGACGGAGACGGCUGCCGAGCAGGUGCAGGUUGCUCCGGCAGAGCUGGGAGCUCUCCUGCUCGGGCAGCCUGAAACUGCAAGCCCACUAGCCAUUCAGAUUCAGCACAAGGGCAAAAUGGCAGAUCAAAUGUCAGCCACAAACGAGGCUACAUCUCUGGUGGCGCCACUCCAGAAGAAGAUCCAAAAGACUGUUAUGGCAGACAUUUUGGCAAAAUCCAUCGCGGGCAAGUUCUUGAGGAAGCACCCAGUAGCCAGUGACAAGCAGGCCGUCUCAAAACUGUAG